UCCAAUUAUAAUUAUGAAUAAUCAACAAAUUAGUCAAGAUUCACUAUUAAUAGUGAUAUCUUGAAUUUAGAUGAUGAAGAUAAUUAUAUGGACAACGGUUACAAUGAUAAUCCAACCUCAAAUUCACCUCAAACAUCAAGUCCACAAUCUGAUCAGAUUUUAACGGACAAAAGCAAAGAACCAUUGUCAGCAGCCAUGACACAGCAACAUCGAAACCAAAGUAUGGCCAACACGGCAGCAACAGUGGCUACAGUUCCUGUGCUCAAAUCCAUUGUAAAUGGUACCAAUGUGCAUGCUAAUUAUGUUCAUCGGACUGGACCUGUAGAUAGUGGCAAGAUUCGUAUGUUAGUCAAUCCGAAUUUAAUCAAAAUUCCGUCCAUAAUGAAUGGAUCAAUAAACAACAAUCAGGUGUUGCCUAUAGAGAAUCCAGCCAAAAGCUUCGAUGUCAUAUGGAAAGACAUUGUAUACAGUGUACGACAAUUUAAUCGAGCCACAUUAAAGAUGGAGUCACGUAAUAUAUUGAAUGGUUUAUCGGGCCAAAUUAGUAGCAACCAGGUGACAGCAAUAAUGGGUCCAAGUGGCGCCGGUAAAUCUACAUUCCUCGAAGUGUUGGCAUGUCGUAAAAAUGUUGGCCUAACUGGUUGCUUAAAUGUGAGAAACAUCAAUCAGAUUCGAAUAGCUUAUGUACCACAGAAUAAUUGCCUCAUGGAACUGUUGACUGUUUAUGAAACACUUACAUUCGCUUGUCGACUGAAUUAUUCGACAAUGCCAACCGUCAAUUAUAAUCGUGUGGAGAAAUUGAUCACAGAAUUUGGCCUGAGCGAAAUUCGUGACACUAAAGUGGCUCGUUGUUCCGGUGGCCAACAGAAACGAAUUUCAAUAGCGCUUGAACUGUUUUCAAAACCAAAUUUGUUAAUUUUGGACGAGCCAACUACAGGUCUAGAUUCGUCCUCAUGCUCAUUAGUAGUGAAGAUAAUUCGUGAGCUAGUUCGAAAUCCAAAAUAUCCAAUGGCAGUAUUGGCCACAAUUCAUCAGCCAUCAUGGAGCGUAUUUACCGAAUUCGAUAACGUCUAUAUCAUCAGCCAUAAAGGAGAGAAUCUUUAUCUGGGUCCACCACAAAAAUUGUUGCCCUUGUUAGAAAAGAUCAAUCUGCCAUGUGAUCGCUAUAAUUCACCGCCAGAUUACAUAAUAGAAAUAGCUGCCGCUGAUUAUGGCAGUAAACCAAUUGAAUUAAUACAGCAGGAAUUUCAAGGACCACAAUUGGGAGAUGAUGAAUUGGAACAAUUAAUGACAAUGGCUGAAACUCGAGUUAUACGUAAGACUCCAUUGUUGAAAUCAACAUUAAUAUUAUUGAAUCGACAUGGCAUCAUAUUCAGUCGAAACAUGAUGAUUGUCUUUUAUCGAGUGAUUGGUAUCAUAUUGCUUAGUGUAUGGCUAUCGGUUACAUUCGGUAAUUCGAUCGGUGAAUCAUCCGGUUGUCCCCUUAAAAAGUUGCAAUUGUAUCAUAUGCCCAUCGAUCGACUUAAUACACUGUUCGAAGAAGAGGUACUUUCGGUCAUGCAAAACAAUUGUUGCCUAUUCUUCGGCCUGAUUGUUGGUCUAAUCAGCGGUAUAACGACCACCGUGUUGGGUUUUCCUCGUGAGAUGCAUACAUUGAUGAAAGAAUACAACAAUGGCUGGUAUUCAUGUAUCAGUUUCUACGUGACCAAAACCAUCAUUGACAUACCGAUGCAGUUGGCCAUUCCUUCCAUUUACACGGUCUACAUCUAUACAUCAACCGGCCAACCGAAUCAAUAUUUUCGCGAAGCAUACCUUUUGCUGAUCACCAUCAUGGUAAGUUUCGUGGCUGAAGGUAUAGGCGCUGCCGUAUCGGAUUUUAUGCGAGAACCAACGACAGCCGCGUUUGCUGCCGGUGCCGUACCGAUGCCCAUGAUAUUGUUUGGUGGAUUUCUAGUCAAAUAUUCUCGUAUGCCAUUUUAUAUGCAAUGGGCUUCUUGGUUAUCGUUGAUGAAGUAUGCCUACGAAGCGAUGAUCACCUCCAUGUACGGCUUUGAUCGAUGUCAGUAUAAUUAUGAGCUAUUUGUCUCUAGAGUUAAUGUCAGCGCGAUUGAGAAACCAACAUGGGCCGAAUAUUUGCCUUUUAUGUUAUCCACAUUGAAUCCAAAUGGAGACCAAAAUCCAGACGAAUCAUUAACCGGCAUGGAUGAAGAUGAAAUAGCUAUUCGCCAGCUAUAUACAACUGCAUUCGAUGCGGUAAAUGGACGCAAUACAAGCAAAGCAUUCUCAUACGAUGUUUCCAUUAUAUUCAGCUAUUAUAAUAUCGAUGGUGAUUGGGUAUUGUAUAGGUCAUUGAUAAUCAUGGUAAUCUAUUUAAUUAUUGUUAAAAUUAUCACUUAUUUUGUUAUAUUGAACAAACUGAAACGAGGUUAACACAAUACUUUAUUAUAUUCAUCAAUAAUUCAUUGAUUUCUUUGAUAAAU